AUGCAAUUCGGUCCAACAGAGGUAAACAGGCACAGCCUGAUUCAACGUCAAAAUACGUCGGCUGUAGGAAGUAACCGUCCUUUGUUUAAUCUAAUACCAAAAUUGAAGAGAGCUAUAUACGGUAAUAUAGAUAGCUCGUCCCCCAGGUUUCCAACUUCAGUCCAUGAUCUUCAUUCUCUGAGACCCAAAUCGCCUGCGGCCAUCAUGGCAUGCCGCGAUUGCCUCAGCGGCACCAUCCACACAGAAACACCUACAGGUUCCGAGAAAACAAUUCACGGCUUUCCAACCUAUGUUGCAGAGCCUGAAGCAGGUACAACCCCCAAAGGAUUGGUCGUCAUAAUAUGCGAUGCUUUUGGAUGGAAAAUCUCCAACUGUCGACUGCUAGCCGAUAUAUAUGCAAAGAAAGGAGGCUUCCUUGUGUAUGUACCUGAUUUUAUGAACGGCAAGUCCCCUACUAUUAUCUGCUGUAUCCCUCACGGUGAACAUUUCUUGACUCUAAAUCCGAUAGGCAAUGAUAUGGAUCCGGGAUCAAUGGGCGCUAUGGAACGAAUCGCCAAGCCCGGCUCCUGGCUCACAACCUUAGUCUACAAGCCCAUAUGGAUCCUCCGAGCAAUCUUCACCACAAUUGACUUCUUAAUCAAAAACCGGGUCUCGGUGUGCCAUCCUCGUGUUAUCUCUUUCUUCAGCUCCCUUCGCACCUCCGCCCCGCCAUUCCAAACCCCCAACCUCAAAAUCGGCGUUGCAGGUUUCUGCUGGGGCGGCAAGCACGCCUUCCUCCUCGCAGCCGACAAGCCCUCUUCUCGUAUCCAGCGGCACUCAAGCCAGCACCCCUCCUCCUCAGGUAUAAUUGAGCCAUUGAUCGAUUGCGCCUUCACAGCCCACCCAUCAUUCCUGAAAGUCCCCACUGAUAUCGAGGCUGUCAAGAUCCCUGUCAGUGUUGCAGUUGGCAAUGUGGAUAUGGCGAUGUCGGCACGUCAGAUCGUGACGAUGAAGGAGAUUCUGGAGGUCAAAAACAAGGGCGAUCACGAGGUUAAUGUUAUGCCAGGAGCAAAACAUGGGUUUGCUAUAAGGGUAGACCCUAAGGAUGAGUUUCAAUUAAAGUGUGCCGACAAAGCUGAGAGCCAAGCUAUUGAGUGGUUUACGAGGUGGUUCGCGUCUUGA